CAUCCGACUCUAUUCAUGACUACCUCCACUCUACAGAUGGACGCCUGCUCGAGUUGUCGCUGCUCAGGCGGCAGUAUGGGUUGCUCAGGUAGGGGCUGUGGAGUUUCCUGUUCCAACCCCGUGUACAUCGAGGGACGGUGCUGCCCUGUUUGCCCCGAGAACAGCUGUGAGCACGCUGACGGCUUCAUCCUGGUGGGCGAAAAUUACAAGGUGGAUAACUGCAUGACGUGCACCUGCCCGGCCGCGGGAGCAGAGCCCGCGUGCUUCACCCCGGGCUGCUAUCUUCCGCCCGAAUGCGACUCACCGGCACAGAUCGCAGGACAGUGCUGCCCUGUCUGUGAAGCUCCGGUGGGUUGUCCUUACAACGGUAUGGUCAUUCCCCUGAACAACAGUUUCAAGCCGGACGCAUGCACGAAAUGCACCUGCUAUGAAGCCGAUGAGCCGCCUGUAUGCCUGCCGGUUUUCUGUCCAUCCCUAGCCUGCCCCAACAAGAUAAACAUCGCCGGGGAGUGCUGCCCUAUCUGCCCUAACAUGUAGAAAAAGGUAAACCGCCCUGAGUGGAGACAACUUGCUGCCCUAUGUACGUGCCACAAUGCACGGGAGGACCUAAGUCCAUAUAUUAAACUUAGUACAGGUAAAAGGUAAAUCAGCGAUUGCUGGAAGCAAGGCAGCCUUACGGGAAUGAGAGGAGCGGAUCGUCUUCCGGUGUGUUCCCAAAUAAAGUUUGGUCUCCAU